AUGCAGCACACGCAAGGCUCGAUCCAGGGGAGAGUCCUUGGUGCAGACUUGGGGGUCUCUGAUACCGAGGGCCGUAGCACUACGCGCAGCAAGAGCAAGAAGUCCACUGAGGCGGCGCCUGACGAGGCAGAUGGGGCAGUGCAUGAUGCACACAAGAGCACAGCAGACAUGCCUCCGUGUGACGGCUCUCAGAGUCAGCAAUGCGAUACGCCGGGGUCCUCCAAAUCCCCUGUGAGUAUCUCCCCCGAGGAAAUGGAGAGCAGGGCAGAAUUGUGCCUCCAAGUAAUCCUCGAAUACGAAGCCGAGAUGUCAUCCAUCCUCCCUCUGGCCGAAGCUUCCUCCGUCGGAGAAUUCGAAAGGGAUCCCGAAGGACUCGAAGGGGCCACAGAGACGACUAGCAGAGCUGGAGGAGGCCCCCAACAGAAGCGAAGGCGGCAUAAUUCCAGCGAAGGCUCCGACCUGCUGCUGGCAGAAAAAGGCCUCCAACGAUUCGCCGCUUAUGAAGACUUUAAGCCCGCUUUCGCCCAGCAGACAUGUGCUCUGAGUGACGCACCAGGCGACGGUGCAGCAACCCAAGACGCAGCCCUUGCAGAAGAGGUGAGCGACGGUCUCUUUGUCCCCCAGGACUCCUCAUUAUACACAAAACGGAGUAUUGCUCUUUUGCUGCUCGCUGGCCCCUCGCCUGUGCGAAUGGAAGACAUGAGGCGCUCCUGGAUGGCACCCCCCCAACGUUUGCGGAGGCGGCACUUUGCUAUGCGGAUUUUGAAUCGCACGGCAGAAAUCCUUUUGAGUUGCUUUGGCCUUCAGCUGCUCUUCUUUCAUUUACGAGGGGAGGAGAAUCUCCGCGGAUUCCUUUUGUUCCUCAGCGUCCAGUUCCUCUCUGCGCAGGCAGAGCUGCCUUUGGAAGUUCUCAAGGCGAAUUUGCGCGUUGUGGGCCGCGAGGACCUCCUAAGAAACUUUGACGAAGCCUCCCUGCUUAAGGCCCCCCACCUUAGAGAAGCGUCACACAAGAUCGACCCCCUGGGGGCCCUCCUGUCGGAGUGCGAGUUUCUACGGUAUAUAUCGGUAGAGCGGCGGCAUUCAGGAGUCGGGGAGGAGGCCGAGGAUACUCUGUUCGUUGCCCCUACCCACCGACUUACUUACGAACUGCACCUAGACAAAUUUCGCUCCGAGUGCAAGGCCGCUGUCGGCGUGGAGCCACCUGACACUUCAUUAAAGCUUCCGGAGGCGGAGGAACUUCCAGGAGCACCCGAGCCCUAG